CUUGGAACAACAGCCGGUUAUCAUCUUUCCUCGCCCUCAAUACCACACCUUCCACACCUUCCCCUCCUUUUCUUCUACAACCCGCUCGUACCAUCGUCCAUUUUUAUUAUCCCAACAACGAUCCUCGAGUGCAAAAAAAAACAACAGCUGUGAGCGCACCCAACAAAGCAACGCCAACAUGGAUACAGGCGCUGCCUUCUUCGUUGCCUUUAUCGCACUUUUAUGUUGCAUCAGAGUCUACCUCAAACGACACUCCAAGCGCAACGUCGCAGGAGACCCCACCGCCAAUGCCGUAAUGCCAGUCCCGUCCUCAAGGACAAGGGCAAGGACACCGACACGGCCUUCUCCAGUGUUACGAGCAGAGACGAGGGCAAGGACAAGGACAAGGACAAGUCGUGCCAAUCUUCUCUGGAUAGUCAGUGCCAGAGCACCGAACCAAACCAGACAGGAUUCGUUUGUAAUCGCGACACUCGACCCCCCACCACGCUAUGACGACCCAUCAACGACGUCGCUGUCACCCGCGCCUGGUGCAGAGACAGGGUUGGAGGAAGUGAUUGUGGUAGAGAAUUCCCAGGUCGUGGAAUCCACAGAUGAACCACCGGGGUAUGUACAAUAUGCACAGGAUCCGUCGACAACUGUCCACACCAGCACAUCAAUCAACAAUGAACCUCCAGAGGCUAUCCAAUCACUGCACUCUCGAGGACUACAACAUUAACACGCCUCGAAUACCACACUUCUCUUCAUGAAUCGAUACCCAUGUCUUCCUUAC